UUACAAAGCUUUGGUUACAGCUGCAAUGGAAGAGGAGAAAUUGAGUGAUUCUAUGGAAGGAGAACAACUGGCAUUCAGAGCUAAGAGGGCAAAGAUAAGAUAUGCUAAUACAUACAGACUGGAGCCACAUAAGAAAUUUCAAGAUUAUUUAGUAAGAGACAAAGCUCAAGUAAUACUAAUGAAUAAACUUCAGCAGGCCAAAUAUGAUGGAGUUUCUAGUCCUUCUUUGUGUGCUUCAAUCUCAGAAGAAAUAUUAAAGGCUGUGAAAGAAUUGGACUUCGACCGUUAUAAGUAUGUGGUGUCAGUACUGAUUGUGGAAAAGGCAGGCCAGGCAAUGAAUGUUGCCAGCAGAUGGGUCUGGGAUGCUCAGAGAGACACUUGGGUUUCAGCUAAAUGUGAGACUGAAACAUUUAUUGCACUAGCUUUGAUAAUGGCAUGUUACUAUGACUAGCACUCUAAAAGGCUUACCUGGUUUUGUGUGUCAUAUAUCAGGUGUCUUUGAAACUUUUCAUAAUGUCAUUUUUUUUAGUACUGAUUUUAGUACCAAUACUGUUGGCACAUUGAAAUUAGCAUACAGCUGAGAUAAUUUUGCUCAUUUUUUUUCUGUUGGAAAAUCUUAGACUCCCCAAAAAUGCUUCUGAAAUGCAUAUGGUUGAGUACAUAUGGGUUUCAUCUGUCAUAACACUAUGCUGUGGAAGUUGGAGCAGCUGGUGUAAGGCCAAACUUUGCAAAAUUUUGAAUGUUAUCUGUUGUCUGCCUAGGGUGCUAAUGAAUGUUUACAAUAAACUGCAGGUAUCAGCAUUCUUAAA